CGCCGCCGAGCCUCCUCCGCUGGUUCCUGGGAGCCUCCGGGCCAGGAGGGCGCGUCAUCGUCCUCCGCCGCCCCGUCCCCGGGCCCCGCGGAAAGUUGCCGUGAGAACCGCCGGGCAGGCCCGGAGGCCGGAGGACGCGCGGCUCUGCGGUGGGACCCUUCGGCGCGCCCGGCCAGGAGACCGGGGACCCGCGCGACCGUGCGCCCGCGGAAGGGGACAGCCCCGCGCGCAGAGGCGCGCCGAGACCAUGUCGGCGGAGACCGCGAGCGGCCCCACCGAGGACCAGGUGGAGAUCCUGGAGUACAACUUCAACAAGGUCAACAAGCACCCGGACCCAACCACGCUGUGCCUCAUCGCGGCCGAGGCCGGCCUUUCCGAGGAGGAGACCCAGAAAUGGUUUAAGCAGCGCCUGGCUCAGUGGCGGCGGUCAGAAGGCCUACCCUCAGAGUGCAGAUCCGUGACAGACUAAGGAGAUGGUGGGCACCAGCAGCUUCCCUCUAAGAAGACCAUCUGCUGUUUCUCUCCUCAGCUUAACCAAGCUUUUUUGGUUUUUCAGUGUAGUGCUGUGUGUUCCAUUGUUAGCUGUCCUGCUAUUUAACACAGUGUUGUAUUUUUUAAAUGUACAUAACUAGAAAAGAAAAUAACAAUAGGAAGCUAUAUGUAGCUUCUGUGUAAAGAAGUGUCUUGGCUGGAAAGUGGUGGGGCUUGCAUUUCCCUUUGGGUCUUGAUGAUAGAUGGUGUGAAAAUCAUUUGGUUUGCUUCCGACCAUCACCUCCCAGUACCAAUUUAUUUUUGCCAUCCAUUUCAGAGUAGGCAAGGCCUCUGUUGAAAAGAUAACAUGACCAAGGAGGGGGAGCAUUUCCUUCCAAUUCUACUUUCCUAAGUGGUUUUCCUUAUGUUGCAUUUAAUACAUUGAAAUUAAGUGAGAAUACAGAGGGAGAUUUGAGUCAUUUGGAUUUCAUAAAGCACUUCCUUGGAUUAUAGCUGCAUUAACUUGGAAAGAACCCAGUUAGGCUGGAAGACAGAAACUCCACCUGGCAGAAGAUCAAGUAAGAAAAAAAUCCACAAAAGUCUUGAAUUUACCUUAUUUAAAUGCAUUUGUUAAAUGUAUUUUACUAAACAAAAUGAACUGCUUUUUGUCUCUGAAAUGAUAUUCUAAAUAAAAGCCUUUUUGUUGAAAAUGCA